GGCUGUGCUUCGUUCUACGGCACACAAAACAAACAAACAUUUACUGCUGUGAGACUUUUGCAGCCGUAGUCACUGUAUCGAUUUGAGGGUUCACUGUCGCUUCAGUCUUUUCAGUCAUUGUGACACAGGCCGGCUGGUAAAUUGCGGCCCGUGACGCUCACCACCUCAGCUCACCCGGCCCCUCAGUGCGGGAGCAUACUCUACACGAACGUGUUGGGCGAACAAGCCGUACAGUAUUGCUCCUACCCGUCCUAUCGGUGACGACCCGUCCGUCUACUCCGUCGCGACCCUCACCUCCUUACCCCAAUCUUCCGUUCGACUACAUAAAUCAGGAUGUCGACCCCUCCAACACUUCCUCUACAUCGCUCACCGCACGUUCGGCGAAGUAAACCCCUUCCAGCGACUCCACCUCGCGGACCACGCUCAAGACCAGUGACGCAUUACGGAGGUCCAUUACCGCCGUCACCGAUGUCUCCUGAAAGUAGACGAUUGACAAUUGAUACCAAUACGAAUUCGGCGUUUCGGCAGAGUGCGAAGCAUAACAUGCCUGUUCCAGUUCAUCGCGAUUCGGGUGUGUGUACUUCACCCAUCGACGCACUCGACAUCAUCGAUGAAUAUGGAGACGACGAAUGCUUACGUGGGAGUGACGGGCUCUCUUACCCGUCCACUCCUGUCAUCGACCAAGGUUCACUGCACAAACGCGCUGUAUCGGAUUCGUCGAGUUUACAGAGUGGACCACCUCCUCCCAUCCCGCCAAAGUCGAUCAUGCAUGAACGUGAAGCCAUCACGCGAGAGAUCUUGACGAGUGAGGAGAGUUACUACAUAGAGUUGCGCGGAAUCCAUAUCGACAUCGUGAAGCCGAUGCAGGAGAAUGCACAUAAGACUGGGUUGUUGCGGGACGUGGAAAGGGGAUUCGCAUGCUUAGAGCAGAUGAUUCGGUUUCAUGCACAACUGUUAACGGUAGAUUUCAGCGCACUGUUUCGUGCGAUGAUAGCUAAUGUACCUUACAGGCAUUGAGAAGCACAUUUACCCCGAUACAGGAGCUGUGCGACCACCUACCCCGGUUAGCGGCACUGUACACACCCUACAUCCUCCUUCUUCCCACGUUGCAAUACUGCACUGCGAAUCUACAAACCUCAACCACGAGCAACCUGACGCCGUCUACUCGACUCUUAGCUCC